AUGAUAAUUAAUGCAAAAAGUAAUGAAAUAUUGAAAAUAAACUGCCUUAAGAAUAUUAAACAAGGUUUGAAAGAAACUAUAAGAGGCUAUACAAGCAGAUUUAAAGCCUAUUUGGAUGCUAUAAAAAAAGGAAUAAAAGGUGAUAAGCAGUGA